UAGGCUUCAGAUGCCGUGUCCUGAGCUUUAGCUGGAGCAGUCGUCGGAACACUCCCUGGAGGCCUCGACGACACCCCGCGUCGCGGCGCCGCCGCCGCCGCCUACGCCUACGCCUGCAGCAGCCUGCUGCGUCCCCGGCCAGCUCCACGGCGCCAUCCGACCUCGAAUCGCCUCCCUCGCUCGCCCUCCUGCUUGAUCCCGCCGUCGCCACCUCAACCGCCCCCACCUCCCUCUAGGGUUGCCCUGCCGCUCCCUCGAAUCGCGCCAUCGGAGGCCUUCCCGACCGCCCUCCACUUUUAUCCUGUGCAGAGCAAGGUAGCAGACAGAUGGCGCCGCAGUCUCGGUUGCUGCCGCCGGCGUUGCAGAUGCUUCGCCGCUGCCGGUGCCGUGCCUCGCGCUCCCACUUCUCUACCGCGCCCACUCUCGUCUCGCCACCAUCCAAGGCCGUGGUCUACGACGAGCACGGCCCACCUGAGCAGGUGCUGAGGACGGUGGACGUGCCACCGGUGGAGGUCGGCGACCGCGACGUCUGCGUCAGGAUGCUGGCUGCCCCCAUCAACCCCUCGGACAUCAACCGCGUCGAGGGCGUCUACCCCGUCAGGCCCCCGCUCCCCGCCGCCAUCGGAGGCUACGAGGGCGUCGGCCAGGUCCACGCCGUCGGCCCCGCCGUCACCGCCCCGCUCUCCCCCGGCGACUGGGUCAUACCGUCCCCGCCAUCGUUCGGGACCUGGCAGACGUACAUUGUCAAGGAUGAGAACGUCUGGCACAAGGUCCGCAGCGAUGUACCCAUGGAGUAUGCUGCCACCAUCACCGUCAACCCCUCGACCGCGUUUAGGAUGCUCCAAGACUUUGUAAAACUCAAUCCUGGUGAUUCCAUUGUCCAGAAUGGUGCUACCAGCAUCGUUGGCCAGUGUGUUAUUCAGCUUGCUAAAGUACAUGGAAUCCACACUAUCAACAUUAUAAGGGACAGGCCUGGGUCAGAGGAAGCAAAAAACAAACUCAAACAACUUGGUGCAGAUGAGGUGUUCACAGAAUCUCAGCUAGACAUGAAGAAUGUCAAGAGCUUGCUGGGUGCCAUGCCGGAGCCUGCAUUAGGAUUUAACUGUGUUGGAGGAAAUGCUGCUUCUCUAAUACUCAAGCUUUUGAAGCAAGGAGGCACCAUGGUGACUUAUGGUGGAAUGUCCAAGAGACCUGUCACUGUCCCUACUUCAUAUUUCAUUUUUAAGGAUCUUUCGCUACGAGGGUUCUGGCUCCAGAAGUGGCUGAACUCAGAUAAAACAGAAGACUGCAGAAGAAUGAUAGACUACCUCUUGGGCCUUGUGCAUGAAGGCAAACUCAAAUACGAGAUGGAGUCGAUUUCUUUCGGUGAGUUCAGCUUGGCUCUGGAGAAGGCCCUGGGCAAACAUGGAAGCCAUCCAAAGCAAGUUAUCAGGUUCUGAGACGAGGGUAGGCUAGAGGAUCAGAGAGCAUGCAAUUGCCAUUGAUUCUGUAUGAAUGAUGAAUCCAACAGUUGGUAUGGCAAUUGUAAGAGUGACCUGGAGUUGUAUAUAAAAUAAAAUAAAGUAAAGUAUGUUGUUCGCUUGAGCUUAUCAGCCAAAUCCACCAGUCAUUUAGUAGUGUUUUUCUCUUAUAACAAAUCAGCCAACAAUACUUUUCGUCAUGGCUUAUGAGCCAAACGAACAAGUUAGCUAAGUGAGUGAAGGAUCACUUGUUGGUGGCGGGCGGUUGUACACAAGUUGUGCGUGAAGUAUUAGUUUCUUUGUGGCGGACGGUUAAUACGAAUUCAACAGAGUUGUUUAUA